AUGGGAGAAGCGCCCUAUGGCAACCGGGUAUUGAAUUUGGAAAAGAAGAAGGAUGAGUACUUCAAGGAAAGAGAACCACAAAAUCAGAGGACGCAGAAGCCCUCCCGCACCCGACCACAACGAAUGUGGCUUCUGCUGUACAGACAGAACCGAAUGCUGGUGACAGCCCUUCGCGGCGGGCCGCGCCUCCAACGUGUUGACAAAGUGCUCCCACAUCCGUUUUGUCGCCAGGGCCGCACGACCUUGGCCGGGGGCGCGCAGGUCCUCGACGGGCAGGCUGGGACAGCUGGAGGCCAGACCCGUCCGGUGACUCGCCUGGGCUCAGCUAGCCAGCAGGGCAGAGAAAACCGGGAGGACAUACUGAAUGCCAGCGACAAACUAACAGAGGUCCUUGAAGAGGCCAACACUCUGUUUAAUGGAGUGUCCCGAGCGAGAGAAGCAGUCCUAGAUGCCCACUUUCUUGUUUUGGCCUCAGAUUUGGGCAAAGAGAAAGCAAAGCAGCUGCGCUCUGAUAUGAACUCAUUUGAUAUGUUAAGAUAUGUGGAAACUCUACUGACACAUAUGGGUGUAAAUCCGCUAGAAGCUGAAGAACUCAUCCGUGAUGAAGAUAGUUCUGAUUUUGAAUUCAUAGUCUAUGACUCCUGGAAAAUAUCAGGCAAAACAGCAGAAAACACCUUUAAUAAAACCCAUACAUUCCACUUUCUGUUGGGUUCAAUACAAGGAGAGGUCCCUGUGCCAAAGCCACGAGCCAAUCGUCCAAAAAAAGUUCGUAUGAUAGAAGAGCAGAAGGCAAUGCCUGACCAGUUAGAAAAAAUGGAAGAAUCUCAUCAAGAAGCAACAGAAAAAGAGGUAGAAAGAAUCUUGGGAUUGUUGCAAACAUAUUUUCGAGACGAUCCUGAUACUCCAAUGUCCUUCUUUGACUUUGUGAUUGAUCCAAAUUCCUUCCCCCGUACAGUGGAAAACAUCUUUCAUGUUUCCUUCAUUAUACGGGAUGGUUUUGCAAGAAUAAGACUUGACCAAGACCGACUGCCAGUAAUAGAGCCUGCUAAUAGUAAUGAAGAAAAUGAAGGAAUUGACCAAAACACACAAGUUAGGAAUCAAGCAAUUAUAGCUUUGAGUUACCACGACUGGAAGGAGAUUGUGAGGACCUUUGAGAUUUCAGAGCCUGUGAUAGCUUCAAGUCAGAGCCAGCAGAGGCCAUCUUGAUGCCAGCUGAAGGACUCAAAUGGAUACUGAAAUCCAAAAAGGAAAGCAGCAUGUACUGUAUAUAUUGUAUGAUUAAGCAUUUUUAAAGAUUGUUUUUAGUAAAAUGUAGCUUUUGAUAGUUAAUGAAUUUGUCAUAGUUGUCUUUGAUUAAAGGAAAUUCACUGCCAUAUUCACAAA